UGUUUUUAGAAAAGAGCAUCAUUUUUAAGGAGCUCUUCUCAAUUUUUGUCAUUAUUUGGACAUAUUUUCUUGCAACGGUACUUCACAUUUUUGGUUGACAUUUCCUACAAUGGGAACUUUGACUGGCCUCAACAUAUCAAAUGAGGAUAUACCUUAUGGAGGAAAAAGUUCUUUUUCCCAACUGGAGCACAACAUUGUGGCUGGAUAUCUUAUUACUGCUGGGAUCAUCAGUCUGUUAAGCAACAUUGUUGUUCUUUUAAUGUUUGUGAAGUUUAAGGAACUCCGCACUGCUACCAACUUUAUUAUCAUUAACUUGGCUUUUACUGAUAUCGGAGUGGCUGGCAUUGGUUACCCUAUGUCAGCAGCCUCUGACAUCCAUGGAAGCUGGAAAUUUGGCUACAAUGGCUGCCAGAUUUAUGCAGCUCUCAACAUCUUCUUUGGCAUGGCUAGCAUUGGCCUGUUAACUGUGGUGGCCAUUGACCGAUACCUCACAAUUUGCAGGCCUGAUUUAGGGCAGAAAAUGACAGUACGUUCAUACAAUCUCCUUAUUCUGGCAGCAUGGCUUAAUGCUUUAUUUUGGUCUACUAUGCCUGUAGUGGGCUGGGCUGGCUAUGCUCCAGACCCAACUGGAGCUACAUGCACCAUUAACUGGCGGCAGAAUGAUGCAUCCUUCAUUUCUUACACAAUGACGGUGAUUUGUGUUAACUUUGUCGUCCCUCUGUCCGUCAUGUUUUACUGCUACUACAAUGUGUCUGCCACAGUGAACAGAUACAAGGCAAACAACUGCCUAGAUAACAUUAAUAUUGACUGGUCGGAUCAGAUGGACGUAACAAAGAUGUCCAUUGUGAUGAUCGUAAUGUUCCUCGUGGCCUGGUCUCCAUACUCCAUGGUGUGUCUGUGGGCAUCUUUCGGUGACCCCAGCACAAUCCCUGCGCCCAUGGCCAUCAUCGCCCCUCUUUUUGCCAAGUCGUCCACCUUUUACAACCCCUGCAUAUAUGUUAUUGCUAACAAAAAAUUCCGAAGAGCUAUCAUUGGCAUGAUCCGGUGUCAAAGCAGACAGCGUGUCACCAUUAAUACUCAGGUUCCAAUGACAACAUCUCAACAGCCUCUGGCUCAGUGAGACGACUGCUUUGGUUUCACAACGUGAUGCUGUAAUUCAGGGAAUUAAUACACAUAAUUAGCAUCAAAUAAAUCACUUUCCAUUGUGGUGUAUAUGUUUUAUGAGACGGCGCGAAGCUUUCAAUGUUUUCAGACAUAGGACUGUUGUAACACAUUAGUACAAGUGGUAGUAUUUGGUUUGUGCCAACUUUACAGGGCUGAAAUUUACAAAAAAAUCUUACAUCAUAUAUUCUAUACUGUAUACAUUUUUAAUGGAAAAGAUCAUUUUAAUUCAAUAUCAUCAUGUAUAUUCUAAAAUGGAUUUCCCUAGGAAUAUAAGUCUUCACAAUGUAAAAAUAAAUUGACUAUUGCUAUGUAUGUCAUUUAGUUAGAGGACAUUUCUCUCUAGCCACAUUUGUAUCUCAUUCUCAUUCGCUUGGAUCCAUUUAAUGUUAUUUUUGACGGUCUCCAGUGCUUGCUGUCUUGGAAUCACUCCAGCACCAGCAUCAGGAGUGAGACUGAAGAAAUGCUCCAUCUGCAAGAUAAGCACAUGGCACAUUUAACACUUGCAACACACACACAUGAAACACUCCCAACAAAAACACAUAUCAUCUGGUCAAAUCUCACUACUUAACUAAUGUAUGGUAUAUUUAGAGGGCCAUAGGGAGUAAGGGAGUGCCCAAAAAAUGGAUUAUUAGAUGCAUCGCGAUUUGUCACGUGACGAUUCGAUUACGAUUCAUAAAUGUUCAAAAAUGAUGAUUUUCCCUAAUACCGUACUGGCUCGAAUAUAAGACGGCCCUGAUUAUAAGACGACCCCCUCUUUUUCAAGACUCAAGUUUGAAAAAAGAUUUUUGAACACCAAAUUAAUUUUUAUACAGAAAAUAAUUACAGUACAUCUGAAACAAAGGAUUAUAACAAUAUAUUUGAGAGAAAAAGCAUGUUAUUUUGCCUCAUUCAAAUCUUAAUAUCUGAAAAUUUAAAUAUGUAAACUAAAGUGCAAUCACAUUCGUGAAUGAAUGGCUUCUGGUUUUUGAAAUGUAAAUAAACCAAUCUAUUGUGAUAGAAAAAAAAUUUUUUUUGCAAUAGCUGCAUUAACCAUCAAAGUGAAGUCUAACUGUAAUUGUAGUCUUGAAACAAAUCUGAAUAAGGAAAAACAUUGCAAUAAAAUAAUGCAAACUGGUUAAACUUGAGAGUAGCUUAGAUCUGCCAUGACAGAGCAUUGCUUCAAUGAUAUUUGGCGCCAUCUAGCGUCGUGAAUGGGUAUAAUGUCUAGACCGCGAAUAUAAGACGACCCCCACUUUUUCAGUCUUAUUUCAAUGCAAAAACACCGUCUUAUAUUCGGACCAAUACAGUAACUUUAUCAUAGCCACUCGUAGCAGAACGGAUUUUGAGACACGUCUAGCGCCUUUAACGGAUGCACGCACAACGUUAUGAUGGAUGCUGCCUGUUACUGAGCGAGAGAUUUACUCCUUUUCAAAAGACUGGAAAAUAAAUUUGUGUAUGAGACAGGCAGGGACCCGGCGGUACCGCUUCUAUGCGCAACUUAUUUUUUAGAGCGAGAGGGAAAGAGAGAUAGUUUGUUGCUCCUUGUCUUUCAAUUGUCCAGCAGUAGGUUCAAAUCGUGUUAAUUGGAAAAAGUCCCUCGUGUUUUGCUAAGUCCCGUGUCUGUCUAUCAGAGGUGAGUACGCGAACCCUCUUGUGCUGUUUAGCCUUUAUUGUUGUUGUUUUUGAGAUGUUACUAGUUAGCGCCGAGCACUAUGCUGAUUAGCGACUUCGCUAACAUGUAUUUCCAUGUCAAGUUGUGCGUUUUUUGAAUUACUCCAGAUGCAGAACUUUUAAAACCAGGAUUAAGUACAGCGGUAACACUACAAACAUGCGAAAUAGUACAGAAAUCUGUGAAAACAAAGUAUAAUGGUUAAAAGACGCCUUAUUACUUAUGACAUUUUGUUUCCAGAAAAUGUGGAAUUCAUUCCACCAGUGUAAAUUUUAUUGUAUUGUUGAGAGAGAUAGGUACUGUCUUUCAAACAGCUAAUGUUUAUGCACCUUCUUGUGAAAAAGAGAUUCUCAAGGUCAGCUGUGUUUUGUAUGGGCAUGUUGAGAAAUAGGUACUGCCUUUAAAAUGGUUAAUGUUUUUGCACUUUGUUGUAAAAAUAAAUAAAUAAAGGCAAUUUAAGGGCAGCUUUUUAUUGUAUGGGCAUGUUUCCAUCGUUCCUGUUGAAUCAUUUGGAUAUUUUAAAUAAAUAAUGCACAUACAGUAAAUUUGUUUGUCUACAUUGUAAAUGAGUAAUGUACGAUGCAUCGAUAAUCUUGAUAAUCGUGAUAACCGCGAUCUUCGUCAAAACCGUGAUCAUCGUUCACUAAUCGAAUCGUAGCACCCUGAAUCGUAAUCUAAUCGAAUCGUGGGAUGCCUAAGAAGGCACACCCCAAAUAGAGAGGUUAUUGUAUUGGAACCGCCAACAAUUCAAGUUUCAGGAACAAAACAUGCUAUCAAGUGUCAUAGUAUUUAAACUUGUCAACAUAUAACUACAUAAAUGCAGUAAAGGCCAAAACUUUGGACACACUUCAUCAAUUGUGCGUUUUCUAUAUUUUCAUUACUAUUUACAUUGUAAAUUCUCAUUGAAAGUAAUAAAAACUAUGAAUGAACACUUGGAAUUAUGUACAGUACUUAACAAAGAAAAAGUGAAAUAACUGAAAGCAGAUGUUAUAUUCGACUUUCUCUGAAGUAUCCACCUUUUGCUCCGAUUACUUUUUUGCACACUUUUGGCUCUCUCUCAAUGAGCUUUAAGAUGCAGUCACCUGAAAAGGUUUUCACUUCACAGGUAUGCCUUAUCAAGGUUAAGUGGAAUUUCUUGUUUUUCACUAGGGUUGGAACCAUCAUUUGUAUUACAUUGAAUUACAUGUAUCCA